AGGGGUAGGAGAAUAAGUGGUCUGCCAAAACCAACAGCCUGAGAAUCACCAUUUGAGCCACGAGCUUCUUUUAAGUGGACAAAAAGCAUGUAAUAUGGUCUUCCCUUUAGAUGCGGAGGUCUGACUCCCCUCCCCUACCUUCCUAGCCCAAAGCUGUGGGUUACCGCCGUGUCACUGUCGCUCUCAAGAGGACCCUCGAGCCUCGCACGCGCUCUCAGACAUCAUCAAAUUGUCAUAAGAGGACUCUCCUAUUAUCAUCCCCACGCUCUGCGCAUCAUCCGAUCGGGGCAAAGAGUACUCAUGACGUUGCGUUGAUUGAUUCCAAGAAAUCGGGAAGCGGCCACUCGGGACGGUUAUAAGAGAUGUCCGUGUUGUGCAAAAUUGUGUAUACGGAUUCAUGCGUGAGGGCGGGCUUGCCUAUCGUCGCUCGCCAUGGUGCCUUACGGCCCCGUGCGAGUAUGCAACCCGUCCGCACGCAUGAAUGCGGUACAGUAUAAGCAGGAAAAACCCACGGCGCGGAUCACCCACCCUGUAUGUGUAGAAUCACAUUUCAAGUCGACAGCAGCAAACGGUACCAGUCCAUCAUCGGAUGGGGUGCAACCGUUACCGACUCGGCUGGUAUAAAUAUACAGAAACUGUCUGAGGGUGCAAAGAAACAGCUCAUCAGGGCGUUCUUCUCCGAGGAUGGCAUCGAGUACGACGUCCUGCGCGUGCCCAUCGGCGGCACGGACGACUCCCUCCGCGUCUACACCCUCCAUGAUGAGCCCGGCGACGCGUCUCUCAGCGGAUUCGCGCUCGCCGAGGAGGACUACCUCUACAAAAUGCCCGUCCUGCGCUACGCCCGUGAGGCCCUGCCCGCCGACCGGCCGCUGCGCCUCCUGGCCAGCGCCUGGACCGCGCCGCCAUGGAUGAAGAGCAACAAGAACUUCACGGGCACCGGCGUCCUCCAGCCGGACUACUACCAGGCCUGGGCCGACUACCACCUCAAGUUCUUGGACGCGUACGAGGAGGAAGGCUUCCACUUCUGGGGCGUGACAACGGGAAACGAGCCCCUGAACGGCUUCCUGGGCGGAAUGAUCCACUUCAACUCGAUGGGAUGGACGCCCUUCGCUAUGAGCACGUGGGUCGGCCAGCACCUCGGCCCGACGCUGCGCGGGCCCGACGGCCAGGCUUCACAGCACGCCGACGUCAAGAUCCUCACCUUGGACGACCAAAGAACGCUCAUGCCGGUCUGGACAGGCCUUGUGGUGAUGGAUAAAGAAGCUGCCAAGUACAUCGAUGGCUUCGCUAUCCACUGGUAUGGCAACUCACUGUCUCCGGUCUUCUCGCUAGACGUGAGCCACUUGCUCAGCCCGGACAAGUUCAUCUUCAACAGCGAGGCCUCCAACGGCUUCUUGAGCUGGGACCGGCACGUCAUUCUGGGAUCCUGGGAGCGAGCUGAAGCGUACACGAGCGACAUAUUAGACGAUCUCAACCACUGGGUGACGGGUUGGAUGGAGUGGUCCCUGGUGCUCGACAUGCAAGGCGGGCCCACCUGGUCCGGCAACUACGUGGACGCGUCCAUCCUCGUCAACGCCGAGGAGGACGAGUUCGUCAAGCAGCCGUCCUACUACGCCAUGGGCCACUUCACGAAGUUCCUCCCGCCCGGCUCGGUGUGCGUCCGGGUGAACAAGGAUCAGAGCGGCGGGGUGAGGAACGUCGCCUUCCUCCGGCCCGACAACGGCACCGUGGUCGUCCUCUACAACCCAUCGGAAGAUGCAAAGGUUGUGAACGUGCACGACGUGUCCAAGGGAUAUUUGGCCGUCAAAUUGGCUCCCCGAUCCAUCAAUACCCUCCUGUACUGGUAAAAGACAAAAUAAAACAGAAACAAAACUCGCUUCAA